GGCUGCGUCAUUCCUGCCGUCGUCCGUCAAUCUGGAGAAAGCCACGAGAACGCGUAUUUUUUAUUUCGACCCCUGCAUGACCGAUUUCCAGAGGACAGUUAUGCUGUUUUCCAACAUCGAACUCAUCCUUCAGUCCCUCCGUACAGACCACGAAUUUCGCAAGUCAUUGUCACGGUCUUCUUCUUCGCCUCGUCGCUUUCACUUGCUCAAAAACUGCCCAACUUCCAUUCCUUAACAGCGCUUUCGCAGCUCAGCAGUCGCAAUGCCUAGCAUGUGGCUCACAGAUGUGCAGAAAAUCGGGGUCGCCUUUUGUUCGGGAGGUGGAUUGUUCCUGACUGGAGGUGUCAUCAUGUUCUUUGAUCGUUCUAUGCUGGCAAUGGGCAACAUCUUAUUCCUCAUCGGUCUCACUCUCAUCAUCGGAAUUCAGAAGACGUUUAUCUUCUUCGCAAGGCGACAGAAAUUGAAGGGAACAGCGGCCUUUAUGGCCGGCAUUCUUCUCAUCCUGAUCCGCUGGCCACUGACUGGAUUUCUGGUUGAACUUUACGGCAUAUUCGUCCUAUUUGGAGACUUCUUUGCCACGAUCGCAUCAUUCGCCGGCAACAUCCCUAUCGUGGGUCCGUAUAUCCAAAUGUUUCUGCAAAAGAUAUCGUCGGGCAGGAGAAAUGCAGAGUUGCCCGUAUGAGGGAAUGGAACAACUCCUACCAAAUCGACACUGAAGAUAUGGAUGAAGCAGAGUCUCAUGAGCAGAUCAUUAUUUCAUUACCGCCUGUGGCACGUCUAUGACAAGAUCAAGCAAAAUUUCCAAAAUUUCUGGGUAUCAUACUGGAGACGAAGGACAGCAGGAGGAGCCAUUUUCGACUACGAAACUGCGAAACGCCCAAGGGACUCUUUCUUACCGACCACCACUCUCUCAAACCCCAUAGCCGACACCUGUCAUAUCACCAGACCCACUUCCAGGCCAGCCUGGAAAUCCCUGAGCAUUCACAUCAGGCGCCGUCGCCAGCAGAUCAUAGCCCAUACCCAUACUCCAGAGCAUAUCAUCUUCGGUCUGCCAUCCUGCAAAUGUCCCAGUCGAUGUAGGCUGGCUAUGUGGCGAUAAAUAUGUAUCAUAACUACCCCCGGCAUUUGGGUGGGAUUGGGAUUGAGGAGUGUAUGCUGUUGGGGACAGUGUAUUGUGCUGCGCUGCGAGAAUAGUGGGUGUCCCAGAGCCAUACAAUUCUGAAUGAGGCUGUUGCGGCAUGGAAUGUGUGGGAUGUGCGAAUCUGCCCGCUUGUUGACCGUUGGCUCGUGCGGUCGUAGGGGCUUGAGCAUGAACAUUACCAUUCUCGGCCUUCCCAGGCCCCGCCUGUCCCAUGUUACUCUUGAGCAAUCUUUCGAACCCAUCAGCCAUCGCAUAUAAGAUGUGAUCCUUGCCGGCUCUACAACUUCUAAACAAGUCGAUUACAGCUUCGAUCAGCGGUUUCGUUUUCUGCUCGGGGUCGAUCGUGACGCCAAUGCCCGCCCAGCGAGAAGACAUCUUGAUCAAAAAGACCACAGCGAAAGCGAUAACGGUAUGCAGAUACAAAGGCACACCGACCAUGGAGUCUCGUAUCGAAGGUUCGUCGAGGACUAUGAUCAAGAUCUGAUGGGCCGAAUUGAUGGCCUGAGAGGCAAGUGGUCGAAGACUUGUUGGGAGAGUUGAUGUCGAGGAGAUGUUGAACAACGACCGCCCCCGUAGAGCGAGGGAAUUGAGCAUCAUGGACGCGAAAUAGUAAUGUAAAUCGACGCCUAAAAUUUCCCGACAGUCAGUCAGCUUGUUUUCACUCUUUCUUGUCGUUGCAUGCAAUUUUUUCCUCCCGCGAUAGUAAUCAAUAACAAAAUACUGUACGUACCGACGGCGGGAUAGUCCCCGAUAUGGGCAUCUCUGUU